GUGCCGUAAAGCGCCAGCCGGUGUCGUAAAUCGGCGCAUGUGUGGCUGUUGUCAUGCCGUGCUCUCAAGUCAAAUGACAGAUUUUGGGUUAUUGGUAGUGUAAAUGUAUAAACCGGAGCUGCUGGAUAUCAUCUGUCAUCACAGAAACACAGCCUGCGGAAGCUGUGUGGUUACAGCGUUUAGAGUUCUGUCUCGCUUCUGGUCUGGUUCUGGUCUGGUUCGGGUUCUGGUUCGGGUCUGGUCGAGGAUGUUUGUGCUGGUGGAGAUGGUGGACACGGUCCGGAUUCCUCCGUGGAGUUUCCACCGACAGCUGAACGACGCGAUCUCCGAGGAGCUCAACAAGAAGCUCGCCAACAAGGUGGUGUAUAAUGUGGGUUUGUGUGUGUGUCUGUAUGACAUCACUAAACUGGAGGACUCCUACAUCUUUCCUGGAGAUGGAGCGUCCCACACUAAAGUGCAUUUUCGGUAUGUGGUUUUCCACCCGUUCCUGGACGAGAUUCUGGUGGGAAAGAUCAGAGGCUGCAGUGCUGAAGGUGUUCAUGUGAGCCUCGGAUUCUUCGAUGACAUCAUAAUCCCGCCAGAGUCGCUACAGCAGCCGGCUAAAUUCGAUGAGGCGGAGCAGGUGUGGAUGUGGGAGUACGAGACGGACGAGGGCGCUCACGACCUCUACAUGGACCAGGGCGAGGAGAUCCGCUUCCGGGUGGUGGACGAGGUCUUCAUCGACACGUCGCCCUCGGGUCCCAGCGCAGAGAAGGAAGGGCCGAGCGCAGCCCCCACAGCGCCACCUGCAGGAUUGGAGGACAGCGCGCAGCAGAAAGAAGCUCCCUACACACUCAUCGGAUCUGUAAGUGAACCAGGUCUGGGUCUUCUGUCCUGGUGGAACAGUUAACAGUCUCAUCUGUGUUAUGAAGCAUGAAAAACCAGCUGAAACUUCUCAUAAGACUAAUUUACACACAGAACUGAAGAGCUGUGGACCAAUCAGUGAGCAGCUGGUGCCGGCCAAUAGGAGAUGCUUAAUAAAACAGCCUUUAUAACGAUUUAAACGGGACUAUUGCUGUGUUGUAUUGCUGUGUCCUAUGGAGUAUACUUUAUAGGUAAAUUCUAUAAAAUCUUUUAGCAAAUAAUCUUUUUCUGACACUGAAUGGAAUAUUUUCAUCUGAAACUGUAUAUGUUUUUUUUUCUCCUACUUUUGACAUUUUAAAAUGAAAUAAAUGAAAAGAAUUUAUAUUA